GUGCGGGUAAGAAUGUUUAAAAAAGUGCUGUGGCAAUUGUCUAAAAAUUUUAGUACAAAAAUAGGGAUUGUGGGGGUUCCUUUUGAGGAAGGUCAAGGCAAAAUUGGGGUGGCCAAUGGACCGGAAGCGAUACGAAAAGCCAAUUUAAUUGAAAAUAUAAAAUCAAUUCACCAAGAAAUCGACAUCCACGACUAUGGAGACGUCUCUUACACUUCCCUUGAGAAUGUGGAAGUUCCCAAUAUGAAAAAAUACUCGGACGUGGCCGCUUGCAACUUCCAAGUAUCCAGAAGCGUGGAAAAAAUCCUAAACGAUGGAAGAAUCUGCCUAACUCUAGGCGGUGACCACUCAAUCGGUAUUGGUACUGUGGAUGGCCACAUCAAGGCCAAAAACGAAAAAGUUUGCAUAUUAUGGGUCGACGCACACGCUGAUUUGAAUACAAACAAAACUUCUGUUUCUGGAAACAUUCACGGGAUGCCUCUUGCCAUUCUCGUCAAGGAGUUGGCAGAUUAUUGGCCAUAUCUCCCGGGGAUGGAUUGGCAGAAACCCAUCUUGCCGAUACGAAAUGUGGCAUAUAUUGGGUUGAGAUCAGUGGAUUCGUACGAGAGGUUGAUUAUUGAGCAGUUUGGGAUCACGGCCUAUGGGAUGGAGGAUGUGGAGAAUUACGGGAUCCACAAUAUUGUGAACAUGGCGUUGGACAGGAUUGAUCCGCAUAGAAUGCUUUCGAUACACUUGAGUUUUGAUAUUGAUAGUUUGGACUCGUUGGAGGCGCCGUCGACAGGGACUUCAGUCCGCGGAGGUCUAACUCUCCGAGAAGGAAUCCACCUCGUGGAACAAAUUUACAAAACGAGCCGUUUAGGGGCUAUGGACUUAGUCGAAGUGAAUCCCUCCAUUGGAUCCCCCAAAGACGUCCAAAAAACAGUUGAGGCUGCGGUCCAUCUACUCAUGGCGGCGUGUGGGUACACCCGUCGCGGACUAAUACCUCGAGGACCCGAUGGCUCACCCAUUAGAACAAUCCCAAGUCCCGUUUAAAUAAAGCGAUUAA